UGAGCAAUGGGGAACGCUCACAGACUGUGAGGUGAUGAGAGAUCCAAACAUGGAGUGCUCCAGAGGCUUUGGGUUUGUCACAUAUGCCACUGUGGAGGAGAACCAGGAGGAGGUGGAUGCAACCAUGAAUGCAAGGCUUCACAAGGUGGAUGGAAGAGUUGUGGAACCAAAGAGGGCUGUGUCAAGAGAAGACUCUCAAAGACCGGGUGCCCACUUAACUGUGAAAAAGAUUUCCGUUGGUGGAAUUAAAGAAAACACUGAAGAACAUCACCUAAGAGAUUAUUUUGAACGGUAUGGGAAAAUUGAAGUGAAUGAAAUAAUGACUGAUCGAGGCAGUGACAAAAAGAGAGGCUUCGCUUUUGUAACUUUUGAUGACCAUGAUUCUGUAGACAAGAUUGUCAUUCAGAAAUACCAUACUGUAAAUGGUCACAACUAUGAAGUAAGGAAAGCCCGAUCUAAGCAAGAGAUGGCUAGCGCUUCAUCCAGCCAAAGAGGUCGAAGUGGUCCUGGAAACUUCGGAGGUGGUUGUGGAGGUGGUUUUGGUGGGAAUGAUAACUUUGGUAGUGGAGGAAACUUCAGUGGUGGAGGUGGCUUUGGUGGUAGCCGUGAUGGUAGUGGUUAUGGUGGCAGUGGGAAUGGCUAUAAUGGAUUUGGUAAUGAUAGCAGCUUUGGCGGUGGUAGUGGGAGCAGUUUUGGAGGUGGUGGAAGCUACGAUGCUUUUGGCAAUUACAACAAUCAAUCUUCAAAUUUUGGACCCAUGAAAGGAGGAAACUUUGGAGGCAGAAGCUCUGGCCCCUAUGGUGGCGGAGGCCAAUACUUUGCCAAACGACGAAAUCAAGGUGGCUAUGGCGGUUCCAGCAGCAGCAGUAGCUAUGGCAGUGGCAGAAGGUUUUAACUGCUGCCAGGAAACAAAGCUUAGCAGGAGAGGAGAGCCAGAGAAGUGACAGGGAAGCUACAGGUUAUAACAGAUUUGUGAACUCAACCAAGCACAGUGGUGGCAGGGCCUAGCUACUACAAAAAAGACAUGUUUUAGACAAUACUCAUGUGAAUGGGCAAAAAACUCGAGGACUGUAUUUGUGACUAAUUGUAUAACAGGUUAUUUUAGUUUCUGUUCUGUGGAAAGUGUAAAGCAUUCCAACAAAGGGUUUUUA